CCGGGCGCACCGACCUCCCGCGGCCGUGGCCGCGCCUGGGAGUCGAGAGUCACCGCCCUCCCCAGAGUCUUGACAGUGUUUGGUGGUAACACCUACCCCGAAGAGCAAGCCUCCCACCCUCCGUGGACUUGGGUCUGGUCCAGGAAUCUAGGAAUCUGAGCCGAGGCCGGGCGGCCUCACCCCUCCCGCGCGGGUGCCUGUUUCUCCAGCGCCCUCAGCGCCCUCAGCGCCCUAGGGCAGUGGGGUCGGAAACUCCUCGCUGCGUGGGUCCCGAACACGCCGCCGCCCAUCUUCUCUGAGAUUGUAAAGAUGUGCCAGGAAAACAUUGAAAAAACCACAAACAAAAACCACACACACACAAAACGAAACAGCCCCAAAACGACGUUCUCCGCAAUGCUGUGGAGCCUCAAAAACCUCUAGAAGGGAAGGCAGCGACCCGAGAACCGCGCUGGCGUGGAGGGCACGGGUAGAAGGCCCUCGGCCCUGCCGGGAGGAUCGCCGUGUCUCACGAGGGACUAAAUAGCCCUCCAUCACUUCAGAACCCAGAGAGGGAUGACGUUUGCUGAGGAGAAGACUUACGAGUAUAUCCGCCACCAUUACCGCAAUUUUUACCAUGUUCAUGUUCUGGAGAUUCUGCCUUACUUGUCUUGCCUCACCACAAGUGACCAGGACCUACUGCGAGCCCACUACGAUAACAGGGGGAACCGGAACACCAUUUGGGAACUCUUCAACAGCCUUCAGCGGCGGAGUGGCUGGGUGGAGUCUCUUAUCCGGGCACUGAGGGCCUGUGAGCUGUCUGAUCUUGCUGACGAAGUGGACCAGGUCUAUCAGAGCAACUUACCCUUGAACCAGAGACGCCCACCAGCCCCACUGGAGCCACCGUCAGUUUCUGCUGAGGCUCCAGGGCCCUCCACACCUGCUGUGGCCCCCAGUGCCUCCCACAAAAGCUACAGCGACGAGGAGCAAAGUUACCCCAUGCCUGUCCAGGACACCCAGCUGCCCGCUUCCAUGGGAGAGAGUUCAAAGAAGGUCCCACAGACAGCCAGUUCUGGGGCUGACCUGAAGAGGCCCAGUGGCCCCCUGGAGCCUUCCUCUGACAUGGCAGUCCUCAGCCCUCUGCCCUCCAGUGGACCUCAGAAGCAGGAUGUAGAACUGGGCAGUACCCACACAACAGGGAUGGUCUCCGGCCAUACAUCACCCCGUGGGCCUGUAUCUCCAACUGUCUCCUUCCAGCCCCUGGCCCGUUCCACCCCCAGGGCAAGCCGCUUGCCUGGACCUCCAAUGUCAGCUCUGUCUACUGGCACCUCCUCCUCCUCUGCAGGGGGUGUUAAUGACCAUGCUGAGGCUACCAUCUGCUCCAGUGGGGUAGUACUGCCCACCAACUCUGUGACUACCAGCAUAGCACCUUCCAAGGUGCCCCUCCACUCAGCAUUUACCAACACAGUGCCUUCCAAGUUGUCCACCAGCUCAAAGACCCCUGGUAAAAUGUCCACUAAUGUGCCCACCAGUCUAGCACCAUCCAAAUUGCCUGUCAACUCAACACGUGCUGGCACGGUGCCACCCAAGGUACCUACUGGCUUGGUGCCUGAACACAGGAUGCCCACAAGCUUGGUGCCCAGCAAGGUGCCUGCCAACACAGCAUCCAUCAUCAGGAGUAGCAACAGACCCGCAGAGGAGACUUCAGUGUCUCCAGCACUCACCGGUGCCUCUGCUGGAGGCAGCUCACCCUAUGCAGACAGCAACUCCAACAGCUGGGGCUCAGGGCUGGAGCUGAGCAAGCCAGGUGGGCUGUCUUCCAAGAUAGACGGCCAGCCAUUCUCCGGCUGCUCCGCAGACCUUGCCAUCAGCUACAGCAGCAGCUUGGACGCAGGACCUGACAACACCCCAGAGGAGAAUGAAUACAUGUCAGGGGACAGCCAUAGGAUCCAUGUAGUGGAGGGUCCCAGUGCUGACCUCCUGGCAGGCAACCCUGGGCUGCAAACUGCCCCCCAGCUCCAGGAAGAAGAGGUGCAGUGUGUUGAUAGGGCCCUGUGGGUUCCUUGGCUUGGGGCGGCUACUGCCGCGGCACUCCUGGCCACACUCCUGGCUGUGCUGUACCGGCGGCGCCUACUCCAGUGAAGCCCCUCUGCCUUCCCUGCCAUGUGUCUGCUCCCUUCCCAUCUGUACAUGUAGCCUGAGCCAUGGAGCUGGUCCCCCUCACCUUGUCCCUUUUCUGGCACUGGCAGAUGCUGGGUCAGAGGGAGCCACAGCCUUGGGUGGAGGCUGUGCCAUUGCCGACUGAAUCCUGGGAGGCAGCAUUUCUGUCUCAGCUGGUAUGCUCUGCAGCUCCCUUACCAUCCUUGGUUUUCUGGGCUGUGAGCUGCCCCGUGCCCUCCAGACCUGCCACCCAGCAAUCUGGGUUGUUGCUCUUGUCUGCUGGAGGAGGCCUCCAUCCAGGCUUUAUCUCUGUUUGCCCAAGCCCAUGGAUCGGGUACUGCUGAAGAGUGCAGGGGGUUGGCAACACCCCACCCCCUUCCCCAUCCUGCCAUGGUCCAUGGCAGCUGACAGCAGAUGUACAGGUAGGAGGAGCCACAGCAGCUCAGCCUGAGGCCAUUGCCCUUGAGAGCAAUGAGACCCUGGAGCUGCUUCUGGUCCUCUGCCCCUUGGGUCUUCUACCCAUGCCAGGCAAGGGUGGGGAGGAGGUCUGGAGGUUCCUGUGGACCCCUGGGAAGGCCCCUUUCCAGUCUCCUCACCCCCUUCUCCUCUUUCCCUUUCUCCCAGUCCCCAUGCUGGUUGGGAAGGGGCCCUUUGGGUUGGGGAGGGGACCUUCAGGGAAGAGCUCAGGCCGAAGUUUGGAUAUCAGCUCACCUCUUCCUGGGCUGUGUGGCCUGAGCAGAUAGAUGAUCACACUUCUCUGGCCUUGCUUCCCCAUAUGGACUAUGAGUAUCAUGGCUCACCCUUCUCUGGGUUCUAAUGAGAUUGAAGCAUACAGGUGUUUGUCAAGUGCCUGGCCCAGGGCAGGUGGCCGCUAAAUGCUGCUCCCACCUCUCUCCUGCCCACCCUGGUAGAGAUGAGGGCAGGAGAGGCAGAAUGCCCAGUGGGUAAGGGUGCAGCUCUGCGGUGUAUUGUAGGCCUAGGCCAGAAUCCCGCUCUGCCUCUCUGUGCUUUGGGGCAAGGUGUUAACCUCUGUGCCUGCUUUCUUAGCUGCGAAAGGGAUGAGUAGUAAAAAAAAAAAAAUUAUGUGUGUGUGUGUAUCUAUCAUCUAUCUACCUAUCAUCUAUCUGUCU